GUUAGUGUUAGGUCAGAGGUUGGACUAGGUGAUCUUGGAGGUCUCUUCCAACCUAGAUGAUUCUGUGAUUCUGUCGUUCUGUGAUUUUAGCUUGAGAUCUCCCACGUAUUCUUAGACUAAAAUACCUUCUGAAAAUUUAUAUUUUCCUUUACACGUUCAUUUCCUAAUGGAUGAAAGAAAAAGGGAACAGACAAAAAGCAGCUACUUGGAUGCAGAAACGACUGUCAGUCCUUUCCUCUUCAGCCUUAUAGGUCUACCUACAUGGGUCUACAUGGUCCUAUGUUCGCCUGUGAAUGCCCAUGUGUGCACAAGCAUGCCUGUACCUGACAAUGCGUGCCUAUGACCUUGUGUGCAUGUCCAGGAGUGCCUUGAGCACGUGUGUGGUGCCUGCUGCGAGCAGUGGCAUAUGUGCCAGUGGGCGUGUGCAGCAUGGUCCUGGCCUGUGGGAGGAGAGCUCUGGCCCAGCAUGGCUGCUCUGCUGAAGCCUACCUGAGCAGUGAGGGCCGGACAGCUCUGCCCGACUGGACUGCUGUGCAGCUUAGAUGCAGAAGGGUAACUGGACGUCUACUACCUAUGUUCAGAAGCCAUGAAUUCCAGAAAAUUACUCUCAGAAACACGGAGAACAUUUCCUGAUACUAAAGCACACUGCCAGCAACCAGCACGGAUUCUCAUUGUGGAUGUCACAUCAGCUUCCUGGGCCAACACUUGUUCUGUACUCUCUGAAGCUCUGGAAAACACACUCUGUUUGGCAUGCAGAUUGACAGGUCCCUGCCGUGUUCCCCUCCUUAGCCUCUAUGUGGUGCAGAACCAGCAGGAAUGUUUGCUUCCCUUUGUGCAACUGAAGGAAAGCUUUGCACGAGUUCAAGCCUGCAUUUCAGAGCUCCGUUCACUACCAAGAGAAGGCUGUUACCCACAGGGGGGAGAUGGAGUGGUACAGGCUGUGCAAGACGGAUUGCAGCAGUUCAAGCAAUACAGCAGACACACAGUAACAGGAGGCUCAACAAAUAGUUCUGUUGAGAUCAUAAUUAUGACAAGCCAAUCAGGAAAAGAAAUGGUAAAGCAUCUGGAAAAGAAGUUAAAGGAUGUAGACCUUGUGAGUCUGCGAAGAAUACAAGUCACUGAGAUUUUGAAGAAAGGCUUUUUGGAGCCUGAGGAUGUGGAACAGUGUAUGCUAGCAGAAGAGCCCAGCAGCAACGACAUUGCAAUCCUUGGAAUGGACAUUGAUCUGCAAACCAUAGAGGACAAUGUCAUCAGCUUGGAGAUGCUGUUUAAAACAUGGCUUCAUGACUGUGGCUCAGAGAGAGAACACCUCCAUCUCCUCCUUCCAUCAGGAGGCUCCAGCUAUGACACCGCACCCAAGACCACCCUAAUAUGCCUGAAGUGUGAUUUGCAGGAAAGACUGCUUGAUCCAGCUCUACUUUUUGGGACUGUUGAUGGCACCAUGAAAACGGCUGAUUCAAAUUCAUCCUGCCAGAUGACAGCCUGGCCAGCUACAGUGCUGUAUAAACUCCAGGUUGUAAAAGCUCUGAAGUCUGAAGGGGUCUGUGAGUCUGUACUGUAUGGACUGCCUUUCAUUAUCAAGUCCACAAGAUGCUGGCAGCUAGACUGGGAUGAACUGGAGUUAAAUCAGCAUAGCUUCCAUGCUCUAUGUCAUAGUCUUCUGAAAAGGAAGUGGAUGCUUUUGGCCAAACUCGAUCCAGAGAACACUUGUCCAAGCUGGAACAUUGUGGUGCAUUCCUACUACAUCAUUGUCCCUUCUGACUCUGCCACUCUGCUUGUCAAAGCAGUCGCUGUAAGAGAGCUCCUGAUGCCAUCAGUCUUCCCAGCCCUCCUUGCUGAGCAUCCUGAGAGAGUGCAGGGCCCUAUAGAGAGUGCCCUGAACAGCUUGGAAGUGGAAGUUACUUAUAACCCCUUGCACCUGAAAAGCAACCUCUACAAACACCUGAAGAGUAUGUUGUACAGACCACUGCACAGGCAGCAGGCCCAGCCCAGGGACCAGCGACCAGAGCGGCACCAAUCCAAGCAGCAUCAGAGCAGAGCCAAAGCCACAGUAGCACCCCUUCUGAUGGCUCCUUCUCCUGCCCAAUUGUUCAGACCAGCAGUGGUGAGGAGAGAUUCCUCUGAGUACUCCUUUCUCCCCAAAGAGGACGAUGAGUUCCUGCAGUGAAGAUACCCCCUGGCACUGCUUACACCUGCUCACGUGCAGUUACGGCUUGGCUUCUGCUUGGCUGCUAAGGCUUACUCACUGAGCCGGAAGCGGUCAGGCAAGACACUAAGCCUGGCCGUGGUCAGACAGGCACUUCCCAUUGUUUGUUCCUCCUUGUUUUAUGGUUUUGUUAGUCACUAAGUCAGUCUGCAGGAAGCUUGCUACUCUGGGGCUCCUUGUCCCCUUGCUAUUCAGCCAUCCCCUGCAACACCCUGUAUUUCCCAUUCUCAUCAGCACACAUCACCGACAUGCCUCAAAUUAUGGUUUCUUAGAAUAGGCUAGUGCAGCCCACAAACCACAGAUUACUGUCAGCAAGCGCAGUAAAGCUGCAGACAAUGUGGUGAGGAAGUCAGGCAGAUAAAUAAAAGUACAAAGCAAUGUCAAACUGCCCUCAUCCUGCAGGAGCAGCUUCACCAGGGUGUUUGAAUAAGCAUAAAAUAGGGCUUGUGAAUUUACUCCUAAAGCCCAGAAUGCUGUCCUCCAGAGCAGCAUUAUCAGUGACAAUGAUGACUUGCCUGCUUCCACGGCGGUCUCACUGUCCAACUCCCCAGCUUGUAGAUGGGUUUGUAGCAAGUGCCAAGCCAGCAGCAAUGCCCUGGCUGGCUCCUGCACGAGAGCUCACUGCAGCUGGACCCCAAGCACUCUUCUCUCAGACAGCUGUUGCUUGGAUGCCCUCCUUCCUGUGGCCUGUCCACACCUAAGGGGCCAUUCUGCAAGCCAGCAUGGCCAGUACAUUCUGGACUCGUUAAAUGGGGGAUAUAGCCUGGAGCUUUCUGGAGAGCUUCUGCCCACUGCUAGCACAAGUGUGAGCCCCAGUUUUUUCAGUGCAGCUGAAAAACAGCUGCUACUGCCAGAGCCGGGGCUGAGUACAGUGUGACUGAGCCAAGGUGGGGCAGUCUCACUUGGCUUCCUGGAUACUGUACACCACCAGGCAUUUGCAUUCUACUUUGUUCUGACAUGCUGUUUCAAAAUAAAGUUCUCCCAUAUAACAUUACCUUACUGCCUGUGGUCUAUAAUGCAUAUGGUGUGCAGCAAUCCUAGCACUGACCUGUACUUCCUGAGAAACAGCUGCGGUUGACCAAUAGCAUGGUGCAGGCAGCACACUCCCCGAGGGACUGCAACAGCAGGAGAGCAGAGCGAGCUGUUUCCUCCAGGAUCUCAGCUCAGUAACAGGGUCUGAUUGCCACCUAUUGUCUACCUGUUCAUGAGGCAUGCACUAAGGUGGCAAAGCACCCAGCAGAAGAAAAGGUAAUGAUAGCACCUGUUUGCCUCUGACACUGGUAGUCUCAUCUUGAUCUUGAAUCUUAACAGUACACUACCGAGCUGCAGAGGCUCCGAUGAGGGCAGCAGUACCCCUCCCAGUGUUGAGGGCAGGGGAAGGAAUCACACAGAUGUUAAUAAGUCUGAGAAGUACCACCUGCUUCCUCUGCGCCCCUGUGGGAGCUGUGCCUUGAACAACUGCCUGACUACACAUCUGUACAGUUGCAUGCAAAGCCUGGGUCCACCUUGCCACUGGUUUCUCCUGCAUGGACCUGUUCUUCCCAUGCCCCAGGAGCACUCCAUGCUUGGCAGGAGGUUGCAUUGCAGGCAGCUGCUCAGGGCAAGAUGUUAAGGGCAGGUACCUCAAGGACAAGGCAGACAUCCCUGACAGCAUGGGGAUAUGCAUUUCCUGGGGUGUGCAGAUAAGUAGCAAGUCCUUACCUUUCUCUUAACAAGCUCAGGGAGUGAGGAACUGGGGACUGUCCAGUAACAAAUGGCAGUAAGGCACAUGCAAAUCGUCCCACCUGGGGCAUGCAAACCAGACAACAUAAAAGUGCCAAAAUCAGGAAGAUAAAAUAAUCCACUCCCCCUCCUUUACUGAUCUAUUGACCCAAAUGGAAAUUACUUCAGCAACCCUAUCAGUGGGAAAAAGUAAACAAACAGACUAGUGGUUUAUUGUGACUGGAAGGAGGCUGCAAAAGGGGAAAGUUGUGAAGAGGGAAAAGGGACUAUAAAGGGAAGCAAGUCAAAAAAUUGGGGCUGUUGGGGAAUUCCUUUUGAAUAGCCCUCCACCUGAUCACCACAGUGAUCAGCUCCAACAGCCAGAGGGACCUUGGGUGCUUCCCCAAAUACCAACAUAGGAACAAAUAACCUGGCAGAACAGCUGUCUCACACCUGCACCAUACUAGGGCCCCAAAUGGGAAGAGGAAGUGGUUAUAAAAGAAUGCAUUUUUCACAAUGGGAAACAGAAAAAGGCAAUACAAAGGGGAAGAGGAUGGCUGGGCGCUGGCAGCUCCCAAGUCAUUUUCUCCUGGUAAAAACUGCCACCUGGCCUACAGAGACCAAGACUACUACUUCAUCCCAGCCGUGGCUGCUAGAUGUGCUGUACUUGGGGGCAUUUCUCAGCUAAUCUGGGGUCUGGGGCUUUUCACAGAGAACAGGAAGGCACACAGGCUGUCCUCACAUGAGGAAGUCAAAUGACCAUAUCCAAAUGACAUUUCAUGCUACACUGAGUCUGGCUCGUAGCACCUGGACAGGGCAUAAGCAAACAAAACUGCUUGUCCAGAACCAUUUCUGCAGUGCAAGAAAACAGUGAGCCACCAACACUGAGCUGUGUAUCCCCAAGCAUCUCAGCAAAGCCUUGACUCAGGACUGGCUGCCAGGAUGCUGUUUCCCCAAGUGUGCAGACUGCAUUCAGCCAUGGCACACAAUCACUGUGAUGUGCCAGGGUUGUCUUCACUCUGCACCUGGUCAUUUCACUGUUCAACACAUGGAAUUUAGUUGUAAGAAGACGGUGGAAGCAGGGCAAAAGGAAGGAAAGGACAGAAGAAAUCCUAAUCCAGACAAAAUCUAGGAAAAUCAUCUCCUGCUCCUAAAGUUCAUUGCAGACAUGCUUUGGCUACAGGAUGGCUGUGACAAGCCAAAGGCUCAUUCUGUAUUUGCCUUGUUUCUAAUGCUUUCCCAAAGCAUCUAUGGCACCCUGAGCUGCUGCAGAAAGGAGAUAAAGUGGAGCACAGAGCAGCAGUUUGAGAAAGAUGACAAGUUUGGUCCACAAGACUGAGACAGAAAAAAAUGGACUGCUCUCCAGAUCAGCAAGAGUCCUCCGGGCUGCAUGCACUGCUGACACGUGGCGGAGCCCAUAAAUAGAACAGGCCACAUGUAGGAAUGUUCCUCCUGCCUUGUGUGGUUACCUCUUAGUUUUAAACCAGCUGUUACGAGAGAGGACGUCAUUGCUGAAGCGAGAAGAACAAGUAUCUUUUCAUCCCACCCAGGAGGAGUGCAGUGCUGUGGUGAGAACAAUGGUCCUGGCACAGAUACUGGAGCAUUUUCCUUUUUCACUGCCACUCUCUUUAGUGAAAGCUGGGUCAGCUGCUUUGGAGCCAACACACCAUCCUGAGACACAGUGGCAGCAGUGAUGGAGAUGCACAAAUAUCCACCACAGUAUGGAAAGUAGAGCCCCAGAGCUCAGCUCCCGGAAGGCUGCUCAUCAUCAUUUAGGUCUUGGAGGUUGACACUGGAGCCACAAGCAAGGAUUACGGGCAUGCACAGUACUCUUCCCUGGUGAGGCUGGGCAGACAGCUCUCAGGACAUGAAGCACCUGCAUAGGGCCACCCAGCAGGUAGGCGUGAGAAGACACAUGCCUGUACUGGGCAGGAACAGCCUCACCUCAGCCUCCCAAAGCCACUUAGGCCUCCUCCCAUCUCCUGCAACAAAAUCCCAGCAGAGAAGAGGACUAGCACAGGAUAACAGCAACAAAUUGGUCCAGGCUACACACAUGCUUUACUGUUACAGGACUGAGGAAUCCCUCCCUGCAAUUUGGGCACCAAACACCUGCUCAGAGCUCGCUGCCUUGUUUCCAUCUCCCCAGUCUCGGGGCAUGAACCUGGCCCUCCAGACUUCCCCGCUGGUUUAUGGCUCCCUGGGUCUGAGCUGGGGCUGGAGAAUUCAUGCUUAGCUCUCUGCACGGGUAUAACAGACUGCUAGCUUGUCAGAUCGCUGCUCUGCUGCUGUCUCCAUCAACAGGCUGGCAAACCUGCAGAAACCAUCAUUAGCCCCAGACUCAGAGACAGCCAACCCCAGGGUGCCUGGCACAGCCCUACACGGAAGGAACAGAAAUUCUCUCAUAAGCAUUACCAACACGAAAAGGGAAACCUAUUUUCCCUUGCACAAGUUUCUGUCCAAGGAUAGCCACAUAGCACUCACAGCCAAACCCCCCACCUCAGACUACAGCCAGAUCACAGCAUUUGCCAUUAAAGUUAAUGGAACCCAGACUGGGCCUUCUGAAGGUGGGUGCGGGGAGGAAGGGAAUCAACAGAAGGAUGAGGCUGGGGAAGGAGGGAACCUGUGACCAAUCAACAGUCACUGAGCUCCAGCACAGACCUGGAGCCUGGUUCUGCCCAGCCUUAAGCUUGGAAGAGACCUGCACUUGCUCAAGUCAUCCCAGCAUUUCAUGUCUGGACCAGCACUGGUGUCCGUGAGUCUGACACAUGUGCCUUAAUGCGCUGGCAUCGGGGCAUCCUAGCCACUGCUGGACCUGGCACCCACUUUCUUUGCAGUUUCCCCUUAGCUCAGUAGCUCUGG